UGUCCUUUAAUUUCUCUUUCUCAACUUCCUACAAGAGGAAACUCGAAAGUGAGAAUUUCUUAAGCACUCAUGUAUUUUGUUUUGAAUUAGUCUCCAACCCCCAACUAAGAAUUUUAUGUUCAAUUUGGGGGCCAAGAAAUAAAGAAGAGAGACAAAACAGAGCAAGCAACAAGGCGUGUAGUUUUGCAGAAAAGAGGCGUUUUUGGGUAGAAAGUUGAGAGGGUGGGUUUUUGAAGUGGGAAUUGGGACCAAUUGAAAGACAUGGAAAUGAAGGUCUGAUUCAGAUAGCAUUGUAUUUUGGUGCCUUUGCUACAAUCUCUCCUUCCCUUUCUGGCAACCCUUUCCCAUCUUCUUGUGUCUCCAGGUCAUUAGUCAGCAUCAUGUUUUCCUUUUUUUUGAGUGGUGGAAAUAUCAUUCUUCUUCUCCUCGUUUACCUACAGAGCUCAUAGAUAUAUCUACAGCUUUUUAUGCUAAACAUAUGUUUAAUAUCUGGUAAACCACCAUAAUUCAUUUGUAUAUAUAAAUCAUAUAUUUAACAGUGGCCGAACCAGAUUCUUGGCGAAAUGUGUUAAAUGUAAAAUUUGAUUCAUAACGCAAUACAAUUUCAUUAAUUUUCACCGCGACGAUGAUUUUUCAUAUUGUGAAAAGUUUGCAAAAACAUUGGGUAAGAAACAUGAAAACUUAUUAUUUGUUUAUGAAAAUUUACCUGUAUCUUCCAACAAAGUCAAAAUACGUACUUUGACUCCGCCUAAAAUCAAAUCGAAUUUUUGUUACCAAACCAAAUUAUUCAUCUAUGUCAAUACUUACUGUUCGAUUCUCUCACCAUCAUCGUCAUCCCGAUCCCUUAUGCCCAUCUGACUAUCUCCUCCUUGAAAAGGAAUAAAUAAACCUAGAACAUUUGAAGAAAAAAACUAUAUAUAAAAAAAAGAAAUUCGUGUGCAAUAAUAACAUUCACCACAUUUUGGAUCUAAAUCUUGGUAACACGAGCCAACUAAAAAUUAAAUAUCUUAUUAACUUUCGCGAAAGCACACAUCUAUUGAUUAAAUCGUCACAUACUUACAUAAAAAAAGAUCGGGAGUUUAAUUUCUCUAUUACUUCCUAAGAUGGUAAAAAUUUCAGAGUGCUUAAUCAAAACAUUUUUCAUAGAUAGAAUCUAUUCCAACUAGAUAUGUUAAGAUGAAUCGUAUCCAACCUAAUCUAUAUGCAUGCAUGUAUGGUCGUGAGCUAGAAUUUAUUUGUUUCACUAAUUCAGGACAUGUGUGUAUAAAUAGCUCACAAAAUAGCAUAUACUCCCAAAGGUACUAACUAUGUGCUCCGAAUAACUUUACGAUAAUGGUGUACUACAUUAAACUAUGAUCAUCAGACACGAGGAUGUUACACAGAACUAGAUUGUAUUGUGGUAUAUGCCAUUAAACUUAGCAUAUUUCUUCAUGCAUGUGUAAUGAAGAUAAUCUUGUGGUUUCGGCUGGUUUUUCAAUGUGGUGAUUCCGAUUCUUCUCGAUGUGUGUUAGUUAGAACCACAAUCCUCUUGAAAGUUGGAAUUGGAAUCCUUCGCUCACAAGGAGAUUUGGAAAAGUUGGAUUUUGAUGUCCCCAUUAAGGCUUAAUUCCAAGUUUGGUCACUCGAAUUGCUAUAAAAUUUCAUGUUUGCCACUCGAAUUAAUUUAUUCCAUUUAUAGUCACUCGAAUUAGUUGAAUAGUCCAAGUUCGGUCACUCUCCGUUAACUUCCGUUAGACUCCGUUAAUGACGACCGUUAAGUGAUGACGUGGCUAACAGAAAAUCACAGUCAGCAUAAUUUAACACUAAAAAAUGACGACCCGACCCGCCACGUCAUAUUUACCCGCCAUGUUAGCCCUUCUUGCCCAACCCGCGAACCAACCCAAUUAAAUGACCCAAACCCUAACUCGAGACACAACCCCCCUGAAAAAUAAACAGAGAUCGGGCCCUCGCCACCACUACCUUCCUCCUCCGCCGUCGCAACUUCUCCGCAUCCGCAGUCACCUCCGAGCUUCCCACACUCGAACCAUCCGCCGACGCCGAACUACUCUCGCAGAUGCUCCUCCACCACCACAACCCUUUCCACGCCAUGGAAUCCUGCCUCCAGCUCAACGGAAUCUCGCUCACGCCUUCCCUCCUCCACCAGACCCUAAUCUGUCUCCGCCACAGCUCCAAGAUCGCCCUAUCCCUCUUCCACUACUCUCUCUCCCUCCCUUCUUCUCCGCCCACCUCCGCCGCUUACAACCUCAUGAUCGAUAUCCACGCACAGGUUCACCAAUUCGACGUUUGUUGUCAGCUAAUCAUCCAGAUGGGGCAGCAAAACGACGAGGAUUCAGAUUCCCAGCCCAAUUUCACCACUUUCUCCAUCCUCAUUCGGCGGCUGAUCGCCGCCAGAUUCACCCGCCAAGCGAUUCGCGCGUUCGACGAUAUGCAAGGGUUCAUUGGGUCGGUGGAUUCGACCCAUUUCUGCUUCCUACUCGACACCAGCCAUAAACCACUGGAACAAUGGAUUUCAUCACCAGCUCGGGCCUCAUCACCCUCAUCGACGCCACUCCAACCCCGCUCUCCGCCGUGCCAUAUGCAGCUCCCAUGCCUGCAACAAUAACUUACACGAGCGCAACAGCAGAUCCAAGAUUAAUCCUCAUAGAUCUACAGUAACUGAAUCGGAAAUCGGAAAUAGAAAGGUUUCGAAAAUUACAGGAGAAGACGAGGGCAGAUGCGGCUCCGAGGAAGCCGAAGAAAGGAGCAGUCUCGUCGCCGCUGAACGUUGACGCCAUUUCUGAUAUCACUUUUCGCCGGAUCUGAGCGAGUAAGUAGAAGACGAGGGAGAGAGUAGUUGCGUCGAUUGAAUGAUUGAUUCAAUGCCUCUAAUUCUUCUUCCUGAUCGAUCGAUACUCUUGCUCGCGAAUUUAAGGCAGAGAAGAAGAAAAGAGCGAGAGAGACCUAUCAAGAAUAGGGCGAGGGCGGCAGGUGGAUGGCUGAUGAAUGAAAGAUGAGGAGGCGACGGCGACGGGUGGAUGGCCGUUGAAUAUCUUGGUUCGCGGGUUGGGCAAAAAAUGGUUGACAGGGCGGGUAAAGUUGAGUUGGCGGGUCGGGUCGUCUUUUUUUAAUGUUAAAAUGUGAUGAUUGUGUCUUUCUGUUAGCCACGUCAUCACUUAACGGUCGUCAUUAACGGAGUCUAACGGAGGUUAAUGGAGAGUGACCGAACUUGGACUGUUCAACUAAUUCGAGUGACUAUAAAUGGAAUAAAUUAAUUCGAGUGGCAAACGUGAAAUUUUAUAGCAAUUCGAGUGACCAAACUUGCAAUUAAGCCUCCCCAUUAAUAUGCAUAAUACAACUAAAUUCUUAUGAAAUGUAAUGGCGGUUAUCGGAUAAUAUAGUUAUCUUCAUCUUAGGUGGACUUCAACCUCGCUAGCUUAACCGAACAAAUAAAAGCUAUCACAAAACCCCCCCCAAAAAAUCAAUCUUUCAUAAUAAACAAUAACAAUUAUUUUGUAUUUUCAAACGGAACUCAAUUCAUGGAUUUUAAGUUUAUACAGAUUCAUUGGAUUUGUGUUUAAACCAACUAUUACUUUAUUGAUAUCGGAGGGAAUGGAAUAAAAGAAUUCUUUGAUUGUUAUGAUAUCUCAUACAAUGCCAAGAAUUAGUUGAUUUCAAUAACUCGAACUAUUGGAAGAAGUUUCGUAAAGUUAUAUCCUCCAUGCAAAAUCAAUUGAAUUUACAAGAAUCGGGUCUGACAACUUUGCUCAUAUGUAAAUAUGUGACCGAGAGAAAGGUUAAUCGAAUUCAUUUUCAAAAAUCGAAUAAAAUAACUAAUUAAACAUAUCAUUUGAAUAGUUGUAGAAUAAAUGACAGUGGAUUCAGGGGGAAUAGUGUUGAGGGCUGUGAUCUUCCAAGGAAUUGGAAAGUGGCCGGUGGAUUGGAUCACGCGCGUUAGAUCACAAUCAAGGUGAAUUAGUAUCAUGCUAUGUCUACCAUUUCCAAUUGAUAUGUGUCCUUAAGAAUCCAGCUGUUUGGUUUAGGUUCCACGAAUUACUAAUUAAACCAUGGAAAUAAGAAACCAUAGGAUUCUUUUGAAAAGUUGUUGAAGUAUUGUGUAAUUUACCUUGUAAUCGUUCAUAUUUUUAUUAGAUUUUGGUCAAAUGGUGAGUCACUUACUCUCUUUUUCUUUUUUAUAACCCAGGAAAAUCCGUUCAAUACAAAGUGUUAAGUGUGUGGACCGCUCCCAACAACUCGAAUUAUUGGGAUCAGUUGGUUCUUGACAUGGUAUCAGAGCCUUCUGUGAUCGAGAGGUCUUGUGUUCGAAUCCAGAUGACCCCCAUUUGAGAAGCACAUGGCAUUCAUGUGUUCAGGCCCGUGCAAACUUCAAGCCCUUGUGAGUGGCUUUCGUUUGAGGGGACAUGUUAGUGUGUGGUAUAAGAUCCACGAUUGAACCUCCCCCAACAACUCGAGUUAUUGAGAUCAACUAGUUCUUGACAACAACGCUUGAGCGAUGGCGGAGUGAGACCAAGCUUGAGAGUUCACCUGAUUAAGCCCUUUGGGUCCUCCACAAGAUCCUCAUUGCAGUGAUACAACUACCAGUAUAACGACGUUGCCACUGGAAGUAAUUAAAUGUCAGCCGCAGCCCGCAGGCGGGGAGAGGAGAGACUGUAAGAGGAGUUGCAGAGACGCGACAUGAGGAGUUACUGGGUCGGCGACUGGGGUUCAUGGUGGAGUGCGGUGGCGGGAAGAGGGAGGAGAGAAUGCAACUAAUGUAUGUUUAAUUUUGAAAAAAAAAAGAAUGUGAUUAAUACGGAGUUUUUAAUUUACAAAGAUAUAAUUAAUAAAGAUGUCAAAAAUCAGAUAAGGGGAUAGGCACGCAUCUAUCCCCUACCUGGGUCGGUUAGCAUGCUAACCCCCUUAGGGGUUGGAAAAAUGACACCCCCCUAGUAUAUUAAAUACAACUAUAGAAUUUAAUACACACAUUAAAUACACAUUAGGAAUUAAAUGCACCAUAUUAAUUUAUUUGUUUUUUUUUCAAAUUAAAACCUACACUAAAUACAUUUUCUCUCACUAUAUUUGAUUUUUCCUUUUUCAGCAGUCUCCGACCACCAGACUUCCUUCGACCGCCACACUUCUCCGGUGAAAAUCCCAUCGGCAGACUCCCUCCGACCACCUCCAAAAAAUAUACCACUGCACUGAUAUGUUGUACCACUGUACUGGUAGAUAUACCACUGCACUAGUAGCGAUACUAGUGCACUGGUACCAAUGUCAUAUCUGAGUAUCAGUGCAGUGGUACAAAUACCAGUAAAGUGGUAUUUGGUGUUCUUUCUUUUUGCAUUUGGUGUUCUUCAUUGCGGAGGAGUAAAUGAGAGGAGACAGAAGACGAAUUUUUUCCCCUCUUCCUCCUUCUAGUUCCCCUUCUUUGAAAAUAUAUAUUGAUAUUACCACACUAUACCAUAUGGUAAUGUGUGCUAACUAAGUGUAUUUUUAUAGUCACGAGUUUUAUCAUGGUGGUAGUGGGUGGUAAUCGACACCAGUUCCGAGAAAGAAGAGUAAGAAGACAAUGAAGGGAGAGAAGAAAGCGAAGAAAUUCGUAAUUGUAUAUAUAUAUUGAGAUUACCACACUAUACCAUAUGGUAAUGUGUCCAUACCAUAUGGUAAUGUGACUAUACCAUAUGGUAAUGUAUGGUAACAAAUGUAUUUUUAUGAAUAUCAUGUUUUUACUAUGGUCGUAGAGGGUUGUAAUUAGAUUUACAUGGUUUUACCUUCUCAUACCAUGUGGUAUUAUAUGGUAAUUAUAAUUAAUUUGUGGUCCUUUGAUUUACCAUGUUCUACUAUAGUGAUAUUGUAUGCUAGUUAGAUUUAUAAUUUUCUGUAGCGUGGUUUACCAAGUUAUGCCAUGUGGUGGUAGUUUGAUUUGUAAUUUUAUUUUAGCAUGUUAUACCAUAUGGUAUGGUAUGGUAAUUAGAUUUGUAAAUCUCUGUAGCAUGUUUUACCACGUUAUACCAUAUGGUAUGGUAUGGUAGUUAGAUUUUUAAAUUUCUUCAACAUAUUUUACCAUGUUUUACCACGUUUUACCAUGUGAUAUUGUAUGGUAGUUAGAAUUGUAAUUUUCUUCAACAUAUUUUACCAUGUUUUACCAUGAUAGUAGAAAGUGAUAAUCAUAUUUAUACUUGUAAUUAGUGUCUUUAACAAUGUAUUAUUUAAUGAAAAAAUCAUCAUUCAAUUUGAGCUGGAAUUAGUUUAGAGAUAGUUAGGAUGGUUAGAUUCAUUUUUGUUGUAGAUGGGAGAGAGAAGAAAUAAUAUAUUUUUCUUUUAAUAAUAAAAUAAAACAAAGAGUGAGAGAAAGGGGGAACCAGACAACCAGUGUGGGGUGGGAAGUGGGAUCCGCGUCGCGUCAGCGUCAGCGCGUCAGAGACAUCAUUAAAUAGAGGGUGCAAUUUUACCUUAGUGCCCCUCCGUUUUUAAUUUAAAUAAAUAGAAAAAGGUGACACGUGGGGACAGAUGAUUGGAUUACCGACAGUUACUGAUAGCAAGGAUAAUGACAUGAUCUGAUCCCUUAAAAGAGGGGUGUCAAAAAACCAACCCCUUAAGGGGUUAGCAUGCUAACCCGUCCCUCCCCUACCGAUUAGAAUUGGCAAUUUGAAAAGUAUGAUCAAUACAAUACAGGAGAUUAGAUGAUGAUGAUAAUAAGUACAUAGCCGUACGCAAAUAACAGCAUUAACAAGUUUACCUACCUAAUUAAUUCUACUUUAACGUGGCUGCUUCAACAUGGCCAAACACUUUUUUAAGUUCUCUCCCAGCUGUUACAAUACAUUAAACCACGUUUCUCUCCUUUAAUUUGAAUGACACCUCGCGAUCGUGCGGAUCGAACGCCACUUUUUUUAAGUUGCAUGCAAGGUGGCUAUAUAUAUAUGCAUUAUAUGUAUGUGCAUAUUGCGCAUGCAAACGAUCUAUGAGGAAAAGGGGAAACAUGUUUGCAAUUCGAUCCGUGCGGGGAAACUGAUGAAACCACUAUAAAUGAAUUUUCCCAUUGAGAUCAUUUAUAUUUUGGGGAAAAUGACACGUUUAAUUUCAAUCUCUGGUUUUGUCUCAUUUUGCUUUUAUUUAUUGUGUAGAUUUUGGAGCAAGUCUAACAGUCCCCUAAAUGAAGAUAUAAUAGAAGAUAAAUUAAUUAGCAGCCUUUACCAAAUGCGGUUAACCUUGGAUCAUCGUAGUGCUCAAUGUGAUCCUCCGUUAACUUGGAUCUCUAAUGCUUAUCUCUUCACUAUGUAGUUUUAUAUGUCUUAAUUAUCAUCUCAAUUAUGUACAUCGAGAAGGUUUUCCGGCAUUAUUAAAUUUUUAUAUAAAAUUAAAGAAGGCGCUAGGUAUAAAGUAAGAAUUGGAGCUUUAAAUAGGUAUCCCUAAAAAAAUAAGCUUUAAAUAGGUCUGAAAGUUUAUACUCUUUCACAUCAGCUAUCAUAUUUCUAACAAUUCAUAUUUUUACUCCGAAUACUACAUUUUUCAAAUCAAUCAUUCCAUGGUGAAUACCUGACUAGUUUACAGUAAAAAUAACAUACAACAUAUUUUCUAAAUACAACUAAACUUUUCUAUGUUAGUGGUUCAAAGCAAUAAUUAAAGUACCAUAGUCUCCCUCGGACAAAAAAAAUCUAAAGCUCAUUUUGCCUCUAAACUUUUUACCACUUUAUUUUCUUUUCCUUAUUUAUGAGUAAAGUUCCAAUACAAAACUCAUUAUAUAUGUAGAUCUGCAAAAUCACAUCCGACUGUUAUAAACUUUAUUAUAUAAUAUCACCAUCAUUGCUAGUGAUUUCUGCUUGGAGAACUUCGUACUACCAUUCAUACAAUUAGCGAAUUACCCAAUUAGAUAAAUAAACAGGUUCAAAGCAUUCCAGCAACGCUUUUCUUUCAUAACCCAAUAAAUGUUCGAUUUGGAAUGGAGAUAGAUAUAGUCUUUUUCCUCAUCUUUUUUUUUUCCUUCUUAUUUUUGUUUUUGUUUGUUUGUUUGUUUGUUUUUUUUUUUUUUUUGUGUGCUUGGAGUGGAGGUGGAGCAAAGCUGGCUGUUUGCUUUAGGAAACUUUCUGUGAAGCAACUUUCAUGGCGGGUCAAACCGAGCUCCUCCUCCGUCCAUGUCCCAUAGAAGUUGGCUUUAUAUCUUUGCAUUGGCUCAUCCGACCACCAGUUACUUGACACCAAAUAAACACUACUUCUACCCACAACCGGCUCUUUAUGAAAAAGGUGCCCAAAUCAAAGCCAAAUCCUCUAUUUACUACUUACUUUCCUUUUUCGUCACUUUUUGUUACAAGAUAACUACAGUUUGGAGAUGUGCAAGAGAAUGCUGGCCUUCAGCCUUGUUUCUUCCUCGGGCUUUACCAGUAAAACUAGCGCAUUACCCGGCCUUGACCGGAUGUAGUCUCGAGAAUAAACUAUUUAAUUCUAA